AUGAUCAUUACCGACUCAGCACAUCAUGAAGCAGUCUCCUGGUCAAACUCUGGCUUAAUUGGCUAUGUGGAUACCGAGUCCUCAUAUGCUAACUUGUGUAUUACGUUAAUGGAAACGGUUAACGGCACAAAUUGGAGAUUGCGCCCCAGUAAGAAGUACGCUAUCUACCCAUCUAUGCUUGAAACAUCAAGUGCUGUGUCUAGCUCAAACCUAAAUAGUGGAAACGGUGCUCCUCAGAGGUCUUUCAAUAAUUUGAGAUCGGUUCAUUGGGACAACUCUUCUAGUCAUACAGGAGAACAACUUGCGGUGUGUGAUGAGAUCGGCAAUCUCACAGUAAUGGUUGCUGGACUAACUAUGGAGGGACCAAGCACUCUUGAUAAGCUGGUGGUUGUGUUCCAGGACAAUGUGUACAAAAUUCAUAAUCAAAUGGCCCCAUUGGAGGAAAGCAGCGCGAAGUCGAAAGUGGUUAGGAAGCAAGUGAAAAAAGAGAGCCAUGCUACAAUCAUAGAGUUCAUGUGGGUUGGCACUCAAACUUCGCACUUUGCGCUGUUGGGUGCUCGGAGAGAUGCUACAACCUCAUCAUAUAAGAGCCAAGUCCAGCAAUUUCAGCCCUGCGGAUUAUUCCACCCCACAUCCAUAAAAUCCGCAUGCUUAGCUUUAAGAAGAGGAGGACAGAUAGACUUUUGGUAUCAGUUUUCAAAUUCAAAGGACCAUAAAAAGAUCUCACUACAACUGAACACUUUUCAAGAGUCUAGAAGUAAGCAAUUUGACUGGAUUCAAAUUGGCAAAUUUGCACAAAUGGACGAUGAACAGACAAUUGUAUUAGGGGCUUACUCCAAGCUUUCGAAGAAAAUAUCAUUUUAUAAGCUUUCGGUAAAUUGGAACAAUACUACUCAAAACGCCGUUUCCGACCCCAAGUUACAGUUACAACACCUGAUAGAAAUCAACCCAGAAAACCUUAGCGCCAAGGGGGAGAUAAUGCAAUUGGCCAACUUCGAAAUUUUACCACCAACAUAUGAUAAAACAUCUAGCGUUGAACUAAUAUUAUCCUAUGAUAUCACAGGAUUCUCGCGGUCUGUGGUAAAGCGUUAUAAACUUGUAAAGUCUACACCAUCACCGGAAAUAUGCUCUGCCUUUGGUGUGUUGAGCACCGAUGGACAGUUCCCACCACUAUAUGAUUAUUCCUUCUCGGAACAAGAAACCAUAGAUUUUGAAUCCGGUAUUCAUUCAAUUGAGCGACAUGGAUUGGAUACUACGCUUUUAUUUAGAAUGAAGAAUGGCCAGACUAAAGUUUGCGAUAGAAGAUCAUGGACGUGGGAACAAACUUGGCAUUCGGAAAAAAGUUCGCCCAAAGAGUUUAAUGGCGAUGUCUUGUCAUCACCUUUUUGCACAGGCAUACAUUUUGCAAUCACUUCACCACCAAGCGCAAAUGAAUGGUCGCUCGUUUCUCCCGCCAUGGGAGGUGUGCUUUCCAAAUCAAAGACGAGAACUGGCUUGCGCUUUGAUCCCAUUGUGGCCCCUGUCACUGAUGCGCUUCACGAUGAUUUUCAUAUUGCGUCUGCGUUUGCUUAUGCAUUCGUGUGCGCGAAUCAUCAGCAGAGUUCUGGCGAAGAUCUUUCUAUUGCCAUUAAAACUCAUUUGCUCAAGAUAGCACAAUACAGCGAAAUUCGAGCCGAAAAGUUUCUCAAAGUUGUGAUAUGCACAAUAUAUCAAUUGUUUGGCCUCUCCCCAGACGCCUCGAAGGAAUUGAAAGAUAAGAUGAUCAUGAGCCGCCCAAUACAAAAAGCUAUACUUCUACAAUCAGAGUUAGGUUGCUCCUUCACCAACAGUAACGUUUACAACAUGUCAAGGACGGCAAUGUCGUUGAGAAACAUACUUUUCGCAUUUAAUGGUGUCUCGCGUAACAUACAAGUUCUAAUUCAUCAUAGCGCUACUAUGAAUUUCCAACAACCAAAUGGUAAGCUCUUCCAAUUCGCGUUCUCUAAGCAAGAUUUGAUCUAUUCGCUGAUUCCAUGUGCCAAAUGGUUCGUGAAAUUAGUGACUUUUCUUACUCAGCAAAUGAUUGUAUUAGUAAAUUCACCCAAUAACAAAGAGAAUACCCUAGUAUUAGGUAUUUUCAGUUCCAAGAUGACGCGACAAUUACUGUUAUCGGUACUAAGUGAAAUUAAGAAGGUGAUCCACUUAGUCACAAAAUUUCCAGAGACGUCGUUCCCUAUUCUUAACGAGUCUUCGAUUUAUUUACGGAAAGUAUUGGGGGACUCUCCAGUGAAUUUUGAGAAGUUUGAGACUUUUUUAGCAGACGUGAACAAUAAAUUUACGUCGCUAGGCGAGCAACCAUCUUCUGGAAUCUCUGGAACCUCUGGAACCUCUGGAACCUCUGGAACCUCUCCACACGAUUCCUAUCUCAUCAUAGAGGGCAAUAUACCUUCUGAACUUUCGCACUUGAAAGAGUUCCUCCUAUCCUAUUCAAACACAGCAGUACUAUCGCACAUCAAGCCAGCAGACGUAUACUUUUCCGACACUCGGGGCUUACGAAUUUUUGCCUCCGAGAUCUUCUCGAAGCCUGUGUUUAAGCUUUUACAGCCUCUAGAAAAGGGUCUUGUUGUGAGCUCCGAGGUUUUAAGCCACGAAAUUCCUUCGAGUUCGUUCUCUGUGGUGGAAAGCGACGACAUAUCGAAGGAACCUCUAAAAACCGGAAAAUAUAAGCUGAAGCGGUGCUGUAGAUGCGGUACAGUGACGCGUGCCGGCUAUACAGUGACCAAAGACAACACCAUCGUUCCCACGAGUAUUUCCCCUAAACGCUGGACUAGUCUUUAUCUCAAGAUAUGCAUAUGCUCGGGGCUACUCUACGAGCUGGAGGACGAAGUGCAUGAACGGGAAAUGUGA